GCGCCGUCCCAAGUCGACCCGGUCCGCCUCCUCUCCUCCUCGCCUGACGCCUCCCUCUGAAGACGAAGAAGAGAAAAAAUAAUGGUAGCAGCUCUCGCUCUUCUCUCCCGGACAGCCCUCCCCUCCUCCUCCCGCCUCCUUCGCUCCCUCUCCUCCGAGGCCUCCGCCGCCGCCGCGGCGGCGCCACCUCCGCCGACGUCGGCGGACCGCGUGAAGUGGGACUACCGGGGACAGCGGCAGGUCAUCCCCCUGGGGCAGUGGGUGCCCAAGAUCGCUGUCGACGCCUACGUCGCCCCCAACGUCGUCCUGGCCAGCCAGGUCACCGUCUACGACGGCGCCUCCGUCUGGAACGGAUCCGUCCUCCGUGGCGACCUCAACAAGAUCACCGUCGGCUUCUGCUCCAACGUCCAGGAGCGGUGCGUCCUUCACGCCGCUUGGUCCUCCCCCACAGGACUUCCAGCUGAAACAUCUAUUGAGAGGUACGUGACAAUCGGAGCUUACAGUCUCUUGCGAUCAUGCACAAUUGAGCCAGAGUGUAUCAUUGGACAGCAUUCUAUUCUUAUGGAAGGUUCCUUGGUAGAGACCAAUUCAAUCCUAGAAGCUGGUUCUGUGCUUCUGCCUGGCCGAAGGAUUCCAACUGGUGAGCUUUGGGCUGGUAAUCCAGCAAGGUUUGUUCGAAAGCUGACCCAUGAAGAAAUCUUAGAGAUCCCAAAGCUUGCUGUUGCCAUCAAUGAUCUGAUGCAAAGCCAUUUCUCUGAAUUCCUUCCAUAUUCCACCGUUUAUUUGGAGGUGGAGAAAAUGAAGAAGGCCUUGUUAAUUUCUCUUUGAAGCAUAAGCAAUUAAUCAGUGUUUGUCUCUGGAGAGAAUAACCCACCAAGGAUUUGUAGCUGAUCUUAUUGUCGGUACUUGACCUUCAUUUGAGUUGGAUGCUUUGUGUAGACCAUGGAUAUUUUUUGAGUGGCUGCGAGGAACGGUGGCAGGAGUUGGGACUUUUCUUUCUGUCCUUUUGCCUGUCAGGUAAGGAAGACCCUGAGCUUUUUUCAAUUCAGAAGAGCAUAGCUAUAUCUUUAAUCUGAUCUUCUAAAGGAACUGUUGGUUGUGAGCAAACCAUGUUCUGUUUGGCGACAAGUUUGUUCGAAGUUGAACUAAUUUGGUCUUCAUAGUUUAAGCACAUAGGGAAUGAAGGCCUGUUCUGUAUACAGCACAUGUAGUAUUAUUUGACCGUUAUUUUUGUUCUAGUACCAGCAAAUGUUACGU